CACAGCUGAGGGAUGCUGGGCCAGGAUUGUCCGUUGCUAGCCAGUUAGCCACGUUAGCUGUGUCAAACUCAUAGGAGGCAUUAGUCGUUUUAUUUUAAUUUGUCCGACAAAAACAACCGAUUCGGUCGUACAGUGAAACAUGGAGGGGAUACAGCGCGUAAUGUCGUCUUUUGUAUCCCGUCGCAGCACCAUUUUCUGGUUAGACGUCAAUGUCAUAAUUAGGAGCUAGGCUAGCCCAGUUAGCUGGCUUGUGUGUAGCGCUGCAGCUUGUCAAAGCCAAGGGCCAAGGCCAAGACCAGGCGAGGGGAAGGGAGGCCGUCGGGGCUCUUGCCGUGUUACUGGCCUCUGAAGAGAGGAGGAGCGGUACUACAGGCUUUGAAUCAAACGUGUUGCCUCCACCAUCAUCUUCAUCCUUAUCCUCAUCACGCUUGGUAGAGCUAUGUCUUCGUCAGGAUGCUGCCACCUACCCGGCUCCCUGUGUGAUUACUCUGGGAACGCUGAAUCUGAUGCCUCUAAGGAUUCAGAGGAGUCUGAUUCUACUUCUCAAGCCCAGUACAUCGCCAAGGUGACGGCUAAGGAUGGCCGUCCACUCUCCACCAUUGUCAAAGCUGUGAGCUUGCAAAGUGAUGUAGGAAUGUGUCGGAUUUGCCAUGAGGGGGCUGGAGGGGAGACACUUCUGUCACCCUGUGACUGCACAGGCACGCUGGGUAAAGUGCACAAGAGUUGCUUGGAGAAGUGGCUAUCCUCCUCCAACACCAGCUACUGUGAGCUCUGUCACACUGAGUUCACCAUCGAACGGCGGCCACAGCCCCUCACACAGUGGCUGAAGGACCCAGGCCCUCGCAGUGAGAAGCGCACACUGCUUUGCGACAUGGCAUGCUUUCUUCUCAUCACGCCUCUAGCAGCCAUCUCUGGCUGGCUGUGUCUGAGGGGAGCCCAGGACCACCUGCAGCUGAAGAGCAGACUGGAGGCUGUCGGCCUCAUUGCCCUCACCAUUGCCCUCUUCACCAUCUAUAUCCUCUGGACACUGGUGUCUUUCCGGUAUCACUGUCAGUUGUACUCAGAGUGGAGGAGGACCAAUCAGAAAGUGCGCCUGCUCAUGCCCGACAUGAAAGGGGCACACCCCACCCAACAUUCUGUGCCGACCAAGUCGACCAAGAAAAUGACUGAUGAGACCAUCGUAUGAGCGCUUAGUGGUGGCAACAGGAAUAUAAAAAAAGAAAGCCCCCGAAGCUCUCUCUAAAAACAAGUUGUAUCAUAUUAAUGAACUUUUGCACUUCAUAUGGACCAUUCUGAGAGGGGGAAAGAGAUUUUCUCCCUCUGUUUACUUUCAUUUGAAGCACUUGAUGUGAACUACUAUGGUGUUGGCCAACCACAAAACCUACAGUGGUUUUGGGAGGAAGUCAUUCCGGAGUCAUAGUUGAUGUGGGGACACGCCGUUGUCACCGGACAGCCCCUGCUGCGAUGUGAACAGUUGAACAUAUGGACACUGGACUAACUAGCUCUAUGUCAGUGACAAGAACUGAGGAAAUAAUAGGACACGCUAAUGUAGCAGGAUAUAACUGAUUCAGCAUGCUCCUACAGUAUAUGAAACAUAUUCACUACCUAUCUAUCAUUCCUCCAUGCCCCUUCACAAUGUAUUUAGCUGUUUUUGAACAACGAUCAGCCAAUAGCCUGGCAGAGAAUAAUUGUCUAAAAUCGUGAUGACCAAGUCAGUUAACGCUAUUUGUGAGUGUUCUUUCUUGACAAGUAAUGGCCGACAGUCUUUCAUAUCAAGACUCUUUGUCUGUAUUCUGAACCCACAUUAAUUGUCUGGGUAAAGCUUUAUCUUUCCUGUUUAAACAGUGAAACAACAAACCUGAACUCAUUCUCAUGUUCAGACAACAAUCCGAGACAUCGGAUAUUCAUCACAUUUGUUGCAAACAUCAGAUUGAGGGCCAGUGAAGCCCUGAAGGUACAAAAUGUACUUAAAAGUAUAUGGAAUGACACUAACUCUAACUGUUCAGUGACAUUGCAGUAAUGCAUAUUGACAUAGUACUGAAAAUAUGGGCAAGUGUUUACAUUCUAAUUGGGUGGAGCCAUUAGUGUCAUUAAAGGGCAUUAGUAACUGCCCUGCUCCACGUGUAUAUGCACCUUUCGAGUAUUAAUGAAAUCGCAUAGCAAUGACUUGUAGUACUGUACUACAUCAAAAGAAGGUAUAUCAUUUUAAAUAGAGGAAACAGUGUUCUAAAUGUUGAUUACAGACUCUUGUCCUGUACAAAACACAGAACAGUAUCAGAGCAGGCUGAUGCACCAUAAAGGGACAACUAAAUGCAAAUGAGAACCAAGUUUUUGAGAUGUCAAUCAAUGUAUGCAGUGUAUGCUAAACAAAGUAUUUUGUGUAAAUUUAGUCUUCCUGCUGCACCCCCUUGAGAGUUGGGUUAUUGUGCAAUAAAACAUGAGGGACUCCUGCUGUGUGGCUCAAUGGAAAUUA